ACUGCAUGAAUAAAAAAAAAAAAAUCAUUCUCUAGUUAUUUUGAGGAGUUCAACAUGGUUUAUCAGAUUGUCUUUGAUUGUCUAAGAUCUAACAACACUGACAUCCUUCAUGCUUUUGUUGUUGUAGCUGCUUGUGGCAGAGGGGGGAUUUGAAGCCUGGGAGGAGAGACGUGUAGAGACAUCGGAUGCUGCCAUUGGUCGGACGCUCCACGUUGCUCCUCCAACCUAAACAGCAGCGUAAAGCAGAGAGAGAGAGACAGCCUGAGAGGAUGAAGCAGCCGGAGCAUCCUCAGCAUCAGCAUCCGAGCCAGGCGCACGUAUAGCCCGCGCGGAUCCAUCCAGCAGGCAGCUGCGCAGCCGCCAGACAGCACGAAGGGGAAAAAAACUGAAGGAAAAAAACAUCUCAUCAUGGGUUUGUCCGCUUGGUGAUAUCGUCUGCAACGUUAGAGGAAAAAAACAACCAUUAUGGGUUCCAGACUGAGCAGACAGAGCAGCCUGGACAAUGAGAAUUUCUCCAAGAAGCGACGCAAGCUUGUGGAUGGAGGAGAGAGAGAGAGAGACAGCGGAGACAGAGACAGGAGCAGCCGAGGCGGAGGAGGAGACUUUCUGUUUGCUCUGAUGCUGAAAUCGGACAAACUGCCCGGGAUGCUGCGGAGGACCAACCACAGUCCCUACAUGAGGAGAGUGACGUGGAUCAAGGAGAUCCAGAAGCUGCUCCGUGACCGCAGGAUAGAGCAGGCGACCGACGUGCUCAAAUUACUGAGGAAGGAUCUCGGUUUGGAAGGCACCUCGCUCAACGACAUCUUGUACAAAAACGCUGCCUUCCUCAACCUGGUGGACCCGAUCUCGCACGAGCUGCUGCUCAGCCUGGCUCGAGAGAUGCAGUGUCCUAAGAAGGACGCAGACACCAUAAAGUCUUCGGACAAGAUUUGUAGACAGCUGAUCUACCACCUGACCCCGCACUCAAAGUGGCUGAGGCAGAGCAUGUCCAGACGGAAAUCCCAGGCCUGUCUCAAGACAACCCUCCAGAAAAAGCUGUCCAGUGACUCAGUCGACCUGUCGGGCAUCACCCUGUCCACCCGCGAUGUCCGUCAGGUUGCCUACUACCUCCAAAACAACAGAGACACCGUGGUGGCCGUGGACAUCAGCUUCACCGACCUCCAGGACGACAACCUGAAGAUCCUCCUGCCUCUCCUCGCCUCGCUGCCCAAACUCAGUACCCUGGCUCUCAACGGCAACCGCCUCACCCUGGCUAUACUCAAAGACCUCACGGAGAUGCUCAAAGACCCCAAGAUGUUCUCCAGCCUGGCCUGGAUCGACCUGGGCAACAAUGUGGACAUUUUCACCAUGCCUCAGCCGCUGCUGGUCGCGCUGCGCCGCCGCUGUAGCUUGAAGAGCAGCUUGCCGACCAUCUACGAGUACACGGAGGGUCAGCCCUACUGCUACCACCUGGAGACUUCCAUCGAGGAGCCCAGCCACUACGAGGAAGAAGAGGAGGAGGAGGAAGAGGCGGAGGAGGACGAGGAUGACAUGGGGAACAAAUUCGAGCUGGAGCCGUGGAGCUUAGGGGAGAAGCAGCUCUCCAAAAACUUCACCCUUCACUACUGCGAGAGGUGAUGGGGUGUUUCCGCUCUUUCAACUGGAGUUGAAACGUCGUCCCACAGCACUGUUACCUCCUUCGCCCUCUCGCCCUCACACCACGAGCCCAGUCACCCUUUCGAGGCACGAGGGAGCCCCACAUUGUCUCGUCCUGACACAAGCUAUUCCCAACCAUCUCUGAGUUAACCCACGCAAGACGAAAGUGAAGUGACGACGGCGGACUUACUGUGUUGGUGGAUGGUGCUCUUCGGAACGAGGUGCGGUUUCAUUGGAGGGGGGCUGGAAGAGUUAAUGAACCGGUGUUCUCUCUCUCUCUCUCUCUCUCCCUCUAUCACUCUAUCUCUCUAUCACUCUAUCUCUCUCUCUCUCUCUGAUCGUGGCAGCCGAGGAGCCAGUCCCAAGGAGAUUUCGAUCAGUUGGUUGGAUGGAGGAGCAGCAUCCCGGCGGCGGCUGAAGUGGAACUCGAGCUAGUUUGGAAACACACGGUCCCUCUGGGUUCUCUACCAGGACUGGGACUAUCUCUGGCAGGCAGGGCCUAGCUCCACAUUGUGUGUUCUCUGUUAAUCUCUCAACAAAAGCUAUGACACAAGUUCAACAGACUAUACAGCCGACGACCCGUCACGUGACGCCGGCAAAACUGCUAUGUCAAGACUUUUUUGCGUUUUUUUUUUUCCCCCCCUUUCCAAAUGUCCACUUGUGAAUACCCACGCAGCCCUUGUGUCGAUGUAAAUGAGGGACACAAAACAUGGUCCCCUUGUGUUUCCACGGGCUAUUUUUCUGUGCACUUUUGGUGAACAAAGCAAUCUUAGAAGACAACAGGUAGGACUCAACAAUGGGUAGCUGUCACUGAUUGUUUUUGUACUUUGCCUGAUAGUCACCUCUUUGUAAUUAUUGUAUCCAUCACCACAGUGUUUCAGUGCAUUUAUCACGCCACAGCCACCGAGUCUGAGCAGUACUACUGUUUGUCUCUACAAAUAUGUUGUCAGUUCCAUUUAUUGAUAGCAUACUUCAGUGUGUUCGUUACGAGACACAGACAUGACUGUUAUCUAUUGGUUCUAGUCUGUCUACAGUAGCACAUAAUGAUUAAGUUAGACUGACUAAAAGCACUUUAAGGGGACUAUUUUUUUUAUAUUUCUCCAUAGCAUAUACUCUGUGUACAUUGUUUAUAGGUAGAGAUAUUUACAAAGCUGACCGCGUACCUCUUUAAAGCAGCAGUAGGCAGAAUGUUUUUGGCAUCAUUGGGCAAAAAAUCCAUAAUAACCUUUCAGCAUAUUGUAAUUCAAGUGUUCUGAGAGAUAACUAGACUUCUGCA